UUCCUUGUCAAAAGUAGGCAUUUUAUUUGUAAGCACAUACAGUUAAUUAUGUUAUAAUGCAUCGUAAUAUGUAGAAAGUUUAUAAAUAUAUACAUAUUUCUGUUGACAUAUUUUUUUAUGUAUAUGGCAUACGUAUGUAUGUAUGUGCAUUCAUUCAUUAUGUGUAAAAAAUUACUUUUAAGUUGGAAAGUACCUCCAACCACGCGCCAAUUAAGCAUUUUGUGUUCACACAUAUACACAUACAGAUGAAUGUAGAUAUAAAUAAGUUUGCAGUACAUAGUUUCUAAAGUGUUUUAUGCUGCCACACCUUGAUAAAUAAUAGGGUCGCUUGCUUAUAUAUGUAUGUAUAUUUAAUAUGUGCCUGUAACUCUCUAUGUACGAAUUAUGUAUGUAUGUAUGUACUAAUCAUGUAUAGUACGUCAUGUAUAGUACAAAGUUCUGUUGAAGCACAUUAACCAAGCCGCAGCUGUCCAUCAACAAGUCAACAGCUCGCUUUUUUUAAUUUUUGAUUUACUGGCUCAUGUGCUUUCCCUUAGCAAACUGCAGCGCUAAACAUUUUAGCUGCAUUAAGGUGUUGAAACGAGAAAAUCAUUAAUUUAUGCACGUAUGUACAUACAUAUGUAUGUCCGUACAUUUCGAAAUGCGCUGAGUGGUUGCACAGCUAAAGUUUUUACACAAGAUUUUGAAUUUUUUUUAUAUUUUGUUUCACCCGGUAAACAUAAAUAGAAUUACUACAAACAACUGUUAUUGUCUCUUAAUCUCGGAUGUACAAAUGUAAAUAUUAUAUGUUAAUUAUAAAAAUAAAUGAAUUAGCACUAAAAAUGCGCUGGAAAUGUGUUCAACAUUUAUGUUAAUUGCAGCAAGUCGUGUAUAAAUUUUGUAUUUUAACAAUUAAAUAAAAUGCCUUUUGAAAGUACAAUCGGGUAUAAAAACAAAUAACAAAUACUACUUCUUAGUGCUUUUCAAAAUAGCUUAAAGUGAAAAGUCAACAGCAGAAAAUGCAAUCAACGAAAAACCAAAAACUCGCACGCAUACAUCAAGUCAAUGCAACUGACAGUUCUUUCAUUAAAAAAAAACAACAAGUGGUAUGAAAUAAUAUUUGUAGAAUAGAAAAUAUUUCGCAGCUCAGCGCAUUCUUUAUAUGUAUAUUUAAAAAAGGAAAUUUCUAUAUUAAAACAGGAAAGAGCAUAUAUGCCGUUAUCUUUAUCGUGGAUAUAUAAUUAAAUUUUUAAUUUUAUCUUGCGCCAAGUCGUCAGUUAGGUUAUAAUAAAGUUCAUGAAAGUACAAAUAAUUUUUACCAACUUUGACGAGUGCGUUAUGCUAAUUACUCUAGUGCUAUAUCCUCUCAGCGUGUUUAAGUCGAUGUUGACGAAUAUGGCUUUAAACGCUCGGAUAAUUUCGAUUAUCGCAAUUAUGAGCAAUUUAUGUCCGGUUACCUGAAGACGCUCACCAAGCGUCGCAUGAAAUGGGAAGCUAUCCUUCAACGCAAUGCUGAUCUCACCACAAUUGAUAGCAAAUUGAAACGCUACAUACGUAAGGGCAUACCAGGUCCAUUUCGUGCUGAUGUUUGGAUGAAAAUUUCCGGCGCUGCUAAACUACAACAACGCUCACCCGCAUUAUAUAACAAUUUGUUGGGUGCACAUUACGAGAAGGAAAUCUGCGAUUCCAUAACAAUUGAUCUACCUCGUACAUUUCCCGACAAUAUACACUUCGAUACGAAAAAAGAACGUCUCUUCAAUAUAUUGGUUGCAUAUGCGCAUCACAACCGCGAAGUGGGCUACUGUCAGGGAUUGAACUAUAUCGCAGGACUACUGCUAAUUGUCACUGACGAUGAAGAGAAAUCAUUUUGGCUACUAAAGCAUAUUGUGGAGAGUAUUGUGCCACAAUAUCAUACAAAGAAUAUGGCUAAUCUACUACGUGAUUUGGCAGUAUUCAAAGAGAUGAUUAUAAGAAGAGCGCCACAAGUCAAUCGGCAUAUAGAAAAUUUGGGCUUACCGUAUACUGUGAUAGCGAGCAAAUGGUUCAUUUGCAUUUUCGCUGAAGUGCUUCCUGUGGAAACUGUGCUGCGCAUUUGGGACUGUGUCUUCGCGGAGGGCUAUAAGAUUGUCUUUCGCGUCGCAUUAGCAUUAUUCCUCACACAUAAAACAGCAAUACUCGGCUGUGAUGACAUCGCAGCAUUGGCGAACUUAUUUCGUGAAAAGAUGAUGCAGGGUGACAUCGUCACCGACUGCCAUAGUUUUAUAGAAGCCAUGUUUAAGUUACGUUUGAAACGUAGCGAACUGGAGGCAUUACGUAAAGUGUGUGUAGGACGUAAUAAUACCUAAAGCACUAACAAAAAUACAUGCGUAGAAAGCAAACUGCAUUUUUAUGUAGUAUAUUUAGCGCUGAAUUUGUAUAGCUAGAGACUGUGUUGUAUUUGCGGCUCAAAUUACUUAAAACACACGUGCCGAAUGGACUCGUGGGUGCCGUUGCAAAUACGGUGCUUGCAAUUUUGAAAUAUACCUUACUGCCUACGCCACGUACAGUUCAUUCUGCACACACUAAACAAAUAACACAACUACCUAAAUGUGUACACACAUACACAUACACAACUACAUACAUAUGAGCGUAGAGCAUAUUGCGAACAAAUAAUAAGCGAACUUAAACACAUACGACAGACUUAAAUGUUUAGCAAUAUUAAGUGUUACUAAAAGUUAGAAAACAUGCAAAUCAGUAGGAAAAUCGUCUAGAGGCCACAAAUGUGUGGAAUUGCUUUCAAUAUGAAAACAAAUAAUACGAAAACUAAUUAUAAUAAAACGAAUUAUGUAGCUGUAAAACGAUAUUAAGACAUAACAUUCAACCAAACUACCAAAUUAAUACUAGCUUAUAUAAAAAUAAGUUAAUUUAAGUUACAAAUAUAUAUACACAUUUUUAGUAUUUAAUGUACUAUUAUUAUACUAAAGUGUAAAUUAUGCUAUUUAUUAUAUUUAUAUGUAUCUAAUACAUAUGCUUGUGUUAAGUUUAUAUGUGUGCGUGUGAUGUUAAUUAGUGUUAGUGUGCUUGUGUCGGGCCUUUAGCUGCCACAAUUGCUGUUUUCAUAUAUUUUAUAGAGUUAAUGUUAGUUAUUUAGUUUCUUGCUCACAUGUUGCAUAAUUUUUCAUGCUUGUAUUAGUUUUAAAUAGCUUAAAAGUUACUCUACAAUGGCUUUCAUUCAUGCUACAUUUUUAUGCAUCACUAUAGUUGUGUUUUAUAGCUAAAUAAAAGCGAAAUUCGUUUGUAAAAUGUAUUUAAAGU